CCUCUGAUUGGCCGAGCGCGGCAGCGGCGCGAGCUUCGGGGAGGGGACGGGCGCCGAGGCGAGGCGGCGAUGGACGAGGGAGGCCCGGCCUUCAAGAAGGAGCUGGUGAGCCAGCUGAUGCAUCUCCGCUUUAAAGACGACAAGACGAAAGUGAGCGGAGACGCCUUGCUGCUCCUGGCGGAGUUCCUGAAGAUCUUCGUGCGAGAGGCGGCCGCGCGGGGGGUGAGGCAGGCGCAGGCCGAGGACCUGAGCGCCGUGGACGUGGAGCACGUGGAGAAGGUGCUGCCCCAGUUGCUUCUCGACUUCUAGAGGGGCCCAGCCAGGGGAUGGCAGGCGGAAGGACCGGCCGUCGGGGGACGGACCGGACGCCGCGCCCCACCUCCCCGGCCCCCGCCCCUCGGCCUCCCGCGCUCCCGACCGGGAGCGGGACGGAACCCCGGCCUCCGAUUCCCUGCUUCUCCUCCGCUCCGGGACGAGGGGCGGCGGGAACCGCCGUCCCUCCACCGUGAACGAGCAAGUCGGGAAAGGCCGGAGCGAGCGGAACGGAGACGGGAGAAGGGCCGGCCUUCCCGAGCGGAGAGAGGCCGCCCCGUCCCGCUCUCCGGGGAACGGGCCCUGCCCCCGGAGAGGCCGGUGCCCUCCGUCCCCGCCGCCCCUCAGAGCCGCCGUGGACGCUCGGACCCCCAGAAGCCUUGGGCCCGGGCUAGAAAUCUCUUCUCACAAUAAAUCCAAAUGAUACUAACAGUGA